UGGAGGAUGAAAAAGUGUUUCGCUCAAUCAUUAUACGGCCGGAAAUUAAUUACAUUGCACAACUGGCGUUUUUAAGCAAUGAGUAUACUCAAAAUAUUUGUUACUAAAUAAAGAUUCGAUAAAUAUUUGAUGAUUAUUCGCGUGUUUUUGCAAUAAUAAGAAGUAGUUUAUUAGAUCUAUUUAAAUAAAAUUUAUAAAAAAUAUAAUUUUUUAAAAAUAUAUACUGCUAAAUUAUUUAAAACUGAAAAAAUAUUUUUGCUGUUAAUUCAUUCAAAAAAAUAAACUUCAACCUGUUUAUCUCUAUAAAACUGCCGAAAUAACGAGAUUGAUUUGAUAAGCAUUUGGUCCACGGUUUUUCUCCUUGAGAUUGAUUGGAUGCCAAUGAUUAAAGAAAAUUUUGAUUUGCCGACAUAUUAAUACACCUAUAGCUCAGAAAUUGUAAUAACUGGAAUAUUUAAAAUGUCUUGUGGAUGCUUGAAGCAUACUUGGAAUAAAAUGUUUGCAUCCGUUGUACUGUCUUUAUUACUUUUCGCGAAAAUGUUUGAAACAAAAAGUAAUUUUUCUUACGACAAUACCAACAAAACAUCUUUUGAAGUUGUCGAUGGUAUUGCACGUCAUGAAAUACAUAUUUUGAUUAAAAAGAUAACUAAGUCAGCCGAUGAAAUUACCAUAGACCGCUUUGCUAGGCAAAACGAUCGAAACGUGGCAGAUAGUAUAAGAAAACGAAAAAAGCGUCGUCACAACAUUGUUUUACAUAAACCAACUAAUUGGAGACACGUCUGGCUUAAAAGCCGAACUGGAUAUUUUCUUCAAAUAGAAGCCGACGGAACAGUAAAUGGGCAUAUUAACAAAACUAACUACACAAAAAUGGAAUUGCAAGUUAUAACGCCACAAAUUAAACGAAUAGUUGGAGUUGCAACUGGAAGAUUUCUUGCAAUUAACAAAAAAGGAAAAGUCGAAUCCAAGGUUAUCAGUGAUCAAGAUACAUAUUUUCACGAAGAAAUGCUAGAAACUUUAGACUUUUCAUUCAGUUCAAUAAAAUACCCAAAAGAAAUAGAUAAUCCGCCUUGGUAUCUUGGACUUAAACGUAAGCAAGGUAGUACUGUUAAAGGCAGGGCAAAGCGAGCUUCUAGGACUUUACAAGGCGACAAAGCCACUCAUUUUUCGAUAACAUACGCAGAUACUUAAAGGAUAUAUGAUAUAUAAAUUAAAUUCUAUAAUGCAGAAAAAUAAAAAAGCGCAUUGGUCUUAAGUUUUUAAGAUUCGUCGCUUUUCUCGUUUUAUUUAUUAUAUUUUCCAUUUAUAUUUAUUUUUAUAUUUCCCAUUUAUUUGUGAAUACAGCUAUUUAUUAGUAUCAAUAUAAAGUCAUUGUUAUUUUAUUUAUUUGCUCAACAUAAUUUAUUUGGAGAAAAAAAAAAGCGUUUUUUUUUUAACGUGUCAAGAGAUAAAAAAUGGAUUCUGCGAAAACAAAUUUGUCUAUUUUUUUAGAGCUAGUAGCAGAGUUUCUAAUUUGUAUUAAUUUCAAAUAAUUAAUUUUCUUGACGUGAACCAUUUCUAAGGUGUUUUAUCAAUGUGUAUACAUUUUGCUUUAGAGGAUAUAUAAUAUUAUUUUAU